ACUGUUGCCCAUUAAAUCUGUCUCUCAGACUGCUGUGUGACAGGAAAAAGCGCAGAGCUUUGUCAGUGAAUUGAUCUUACAGUUGAAGCUCCAUUCUUCUGUUUUUUUGUAAUGUGCUUUAUUGGCAGCUGAUGCAUCAGAAGUAAAUGACCUUCAUUCACACGAGCAGCUUCUGUAAUUUUCAAAUGUUAUCACUUCAAUAAAGCAGGAAGAGAGAUGCUGUUUAUUGUUUCUACAGUUCAUUGUGGAAAUCAAAAAUCCAAAGCAAGAAUCAACUACUGCGUGGUGAAGUGAAUAUUACCACAGGAUGGCAGUACCCCAUUAGUAUUUUCAACUGUUAAUAGGACCUUUUCCCUUUCAAGACAUUUUGACAUGUCUCAGUAGGAAAAGCACAGGUGUAAAUAAUAAAAUUGAUGAUGGCUGAAUUCCAUUUAGCUGCUUCAAGUUCAGGGUCCUGGUAUUGUUCAUGCUGGCUCAUUGUCACAGCUUACUUUGAAGCUUGAAUAGAACAGAGCCAUCAUUAAUGUUACUAGUCACACCUGUGCUUUUCUAACUAUGCAAGUCAAAACGUCUGCUGUGAAAAAGGCCAAUCUGUUGGUGACUAACCCUGUAUCUCUCAUGUCAUACUGUCAUUGUCUGUAUGAAUGAGUCUGAGCAAAUAGUAAUUAAAAACUAACAAAAUGAUAUAUUGAUGGUUGCCUUAAACAUUAAUUAGAAUCUUUAACACGUCAUUUUCCAUACAUUUGCCAUAUUUAGAUAUAUGGAAAUCAGAAAAAUAUCCUUAAUACAGUGAUAUUGAGUUCAACAACAUAUCCCAGUCCUAAUACUUCAUACUAGUGAUCUUUGAUUUUGAUUUCAGGUUUAGAUAAGAAAAAAAUGCCCAGACACUGACAAAAACUUAGAACAUGUGGGACCAUGGUCCUGUGACUGAAACAUUCAAUUCUUUAUCUCAUUGGUUUCACUUUUUUUUUUUAAACCUUACACAUGUAAUAAAUUGAUUGUUUUUGUAAAUGUAUUGGUACUGUUUGUUUUGGCUACACUCACCUCACGCACCUACUUUUGCAUCAAACACUUUUUUGACUUGUGAUAGCGUGUGGUAGGUCUGGAAAGUUUUGCUGAGAUUUAUAGAUAUACCAAACAAACAAACAACCAACCAACCAACCAACCACCAUUUAUUUAAAUAUUAUACCACAUUUACCAGCCUAGUUCUUUACGUACAUGAGUGGGCUGUGACUGCGCCCUUGUGGGCAGAGUAGUAAACAUCUUAUUGGCGUUUUAGGGGCAUAAAACCAGGAGGUCACAAGUUCCCGAUGCGGUGCGAAAGUACGUUUGAGCAAGACAGUAAACACUUAAUAUCUCUGAACGUCAGGAGAUCAACUACAAAAAAAUGUCAUCAGUACUUUAAAACAAACAAACAAAAAAUGAGUCAGUGGCCUAUACUGGAGGCUAUAUUUUAUAAGCUUGGUAUAUUAGUGUUUCAGUAUACAUUAAGUUGCUGUUUACGAAAUGCAUUCUGAUUAAAAGGUUUUCAUGCCAAAAAAACCGUGUCAGUGACAAUGAUCACAAGCACCGCAUAGGACCAGUGUAUUAUUUUAAAGUUUACCUGGCAACAGCUGAGCUAAUACCCCUUUUACUUCAAUUUAAAGAACAGUUACCCCCUCAUCUUCAUGACAAGAGGCUGAAUGAUUUAACAUGUACUGUCUCUUCGUAAAUGCACCUUUGCUCUGGUAAAGAGGAUGGGUGAAGCAGCUGACGGUGCGGACAGACGCGCAGCCUGUUACCGACCGGGAGUUAUUGACAACAUGCCACAGGUCUGCCUGGCAGACGACACGGAGGAGCACCGGGGCGAGACCAAAACAGGGACUUUCCAUCAUCAGUAAGCCUUUAUCAUCUUUUACUGUUUUCUCUGCAUUAGCCGGGUUAAACGGCAUCGCUCGCGUCCCCGUCAUGCAUCUUACAGCGUUUUUAUUUAUUUAUCGCUGUUUUUUUUUUAAAUGUCUUUUGGCCUGUAGCGAUGACGGUGGUACGAGAGCUGAAUUGCUUGACAGAUAUCAGUAGGAUAUAUGCGUUUACUGCGCCUUUACCCUACAGCUACAGGCUACAUAAUGGCUGCGCAGUGGCACUGCUACCCAUUUGGAGUCCCAUAUUGUAUAAGACAAUUACAUUAAAUUAAAAAAAGUAAACCAGGCGAUAUAAUUAUCUAUAGGAGACCUGACUGUGAACAUCUUAUUCAGUGACAGUGCAUCAAUAAAAUUCAGACUUCAUCAGCAUCUCAUUGAAGGGAAACCCCGUUCAAUUAGGUUCAAUAACCCAUAAUGAUCAGUGAUCAAACCGUGGUGACGCUAUAGAUCUGGUUGUUCUGUAGUUGUUUUACGAGAUGUAUUGAUUUUCAGUGCUAUCCAAAUAUAAUAAUAGGUCAGAUAGUCAGGUAGAUAGAUGUGUCCCCAGCUUCAGUAGCGCACAUGUAAUGCAAUAAACCGAACACCAUGGUAACAGCAGUACAAAACACAGCAUUUCCAUCACUUCUAUAGUCUCCAUCCCUCUCGGUUUCUCACAGGUGACUACCUGGUUUGGAUGAUCCACUUGCUCCUGUGUAAUAUGGUCUCCUUAACCUGAUUGACCAUCAGACGAAGCUGCCUUCAGAUGCUCAAUGAGAAAUGUGAGGGAGAUUGAGUUAACACAGAUGUGACCACUCAACCUACUCUUUGAAGCAUAAAAGUACUUGGAGCCUAAUCUUAUGAGGACACUGGGUUUCUCCCACAGCUGCCUGCUGUGCUGUAAGUAUUAUGUGUUUGUGUCUAAUUGACCCCAAACAUAAGUAAAGUCUCUAUGUAGGAUAACAUACUGUACAUUUUUGACCUACAUAUAAAGUAUUUGUUCAUCCAUGACAUAAAAUGUGAAAUAUUUCAAUGUCUCUGGUUUUCUCUCUCUACUCUGAAGAAAAGUCCAGCUGGGAAGUAAAGGUGCCCUGAGGUAGAGCUAUGGGCUGUGGGGGGAGCAGGACUGAUGCUCUGGAGCCUCGAUACCUGGAGAGCUGGACCAAGGAGACAGAGUCGACGUGGCUGACCAGCACAGACACGGAUAUCCCUCUGUCGUCCAUCCAGAGCAUACCCUCUGAGAACUCUGAGGCCAGCUUCACUUCUGAGAAAACAAUCAGUCCCGUUCCAGAUUUCUUUGAGGACAGCCUUCCUCUUCCUGCACAGGCAUACCUCAAGGUCUGUUCGGCCGUGUCUGAAGUUAGUCUGAACGACAUGAAGCCCAGCAGCCCCCCUGCAAUACUGGGCUCUCCACCCAAAGAGGCGGUGUUACCGUCAUCUGGCACCACAGUGCAGCGCAGAAGUGUUCUACACACUGAAGAGAUUACAAAAUGGCAGGACAAUCGGAUGUCGACCAAGCAGGUGACCAUCACAGUGACAAAGAGCAUCCAUCAGGUGGACAAGAACGGGAAGGUGAAGAAGUCCCUCACCACCUACGAGGUUAUGAAACCUGUGGAAACCCUCAAACAGGUGGCCACACAAAACACUUGAGUGCAGGCGAGACUGGAAGAAGCCAAAGAAAAAUUAAGAUAACUGUGAAAUAAGUGAAGUGAUUGUGUUUUUGUGGAAAAAUCUUUACGGUCUGAAGGCUGUUGAAAGGACAAGAAUGCGUGACUUUUCUCUGAGACUUUGAACUGUACGCUUUAGAUUGUCAUACUGAAAACGUGGCUCAUUUUCAUAAAAAACAAAGUUUAACUAGGCCGUAUUGUAUUUAAUACUGUAAGCUGUAUUUCUAUGGUGCCUGUUACAAUAUUUUACUGUACUUGGACACGUUGAAAAAAUCGACAUGUAAAACUGUACGUCGGUCAGAGAAAAUACAAAACAUGACAUUUUACAGUACAGACAGUAUCAGACCAGAACUAAAUAAAUAAAUUCAUAGUAUUCAGUAAAGACAGCCUGUUUUAAAAUCAUUGAGAGGAAAUCAUUACUUGGCACAAUUUAAAUUCCACAAGUGAGCCAAAAUCUAAAAAGCAUUUUAACCUCAAUUUUAAGAUCCUUUUAGGAUAAAUAUAUGUGUAAAGCUAUUAAUACUGUAUUAUUUCAUUUUAUUGAAUAUUCACAAAUUAUAAAUAUUUUCUAGUUUUGUUAUUUGACAUGUAGUUGCUGCUGUGCUACAAUCUGUAUGGCUCAGGAAAAUGAAAUUGAUUGUGAUGAUUGCACUAUUGACAGUGAAGCCUGGACAGGAGUUUGUGCUGACAAUGUAAAAAAUUGUCUGACUACAUCGUGUUGUGUUGUUUGUACAAUACAGUGUUAAAUUUUCUUAUGUAGUCAUUCGUGUUUUCUAAUGACAAUAAAUUAAACAACUACA